CUGCUUUCUUGGAUUUUCUUUUACAUUUCCUGAUUUAUGAAAGCGAAACGUUUGGCCUGAAUUAUUCUUGAAGUUGGCAAUCAGAGAAUAGGAAAUAAGUGAAUUGUGAAGAGUUUUAUAAACGCUCGUAAAAUAUCAAGGUAGAUCAAUGCUAUUCCCGUUUGAUGGGUCAGUUUACUGGUUGACAAAUACAAAGUAAAAACUCUGGUAGGAGUGCACCAUUUGUGUGACAUGCCUUUAAGCGAUGCAGAUUGCGUUGCAACUUACAAAAUUCUGAUGCUAGGAGACUCCUCGGUCGGUAAAUCAGCGUUACUGAGAUGCUUGAGUGGUCGAGAUUUUCAGGAUAAACUGCUGCCGACAAUUGCACCGGACUUCGUGAAACGAAAGUUUGAGGUUGAUGGGGCUUUAAUUGAACUCCAAAUUUGGGAUACUGCUGGCCAGGAAAGAUUCCAUUCUGUCAACAGAUGGCAGUACAAAGACGUCAAAGGUGUUUUUAUGGUGUAUGACGUCACUAAUAAGUCAACAUUUUCCCAUUUAUCAUAUUGGAUUCGUAGCGUUAACGAAGAUAUAGCACAGACACACAACAAAUAUGAAGUUGUUCCAAUUAUUCUACUAGCAAACAAAUGUGAUCUCCAGACACAAAGAAAAGUCCAGACAAAGGACGGGUUGAAGUUAGCAGAUAGCGAGCUUGCAUCUGGUUAUUACGAGACGAGCGCGAAAACAGACCAGAAUGUGUUUGAGGCCUUCCAUAAAAUGGCAUAUUGUGUAACUGAAAUAUGCAAUCCGAAUGUGAUGAAGAGCUACUACCCUAACAUGAUACGAGAACAACCAACUAUGUUCGCACCUGUAGAGGAAACACAACUGUAUCCUGUUGUACGCGCCAACAUGACCACCAAUACAGUCAGAAUCGAAUGGGUAAAAAUGAACCAUAAACAUUUCUCAAAACAAUCUAAAGUCUAUGGAAAAAAGAACUUUUUAAAGUUGAAGUCAAAGAAACGGAAAUGGAAGUUCACAUGUUGCUGUUUUUCAUAGACUGAGACAAAUGUGUUACUUUUGUUGUUAAUUUUUUAAUGUACCAAAACAAACAACAACAUCGACCCCUUUCCGAAGUUUGAAGGAAAGGACCGAAAAGACAAUAAAAUUUGACACAAAUAACGGAGAUAUAAUUAUAUCAUUAUUUAUACUUAAAAAUGAAAUAUUGAGAAACAUUGAUGAAAUAAAUGCGUAUUUUCAGUUUCCGUAUUUUCACUUUAAAAAUUAUUUUUCAGCGGUAAAUAAUUCAUUUUGUUCAAUUUGAGUUAUAAUGAAACAUACUGGUCCGUUUAUACUUACCGUGGUGCUCAUUUCACCUUCAUCUCACACAAUACUUAUGAAUUUGAUAUUGAUGUUUGAUAUUUUCUAUUACUAGAAAACAACGCUUUCCUGGACAAAAUGUGUUGCACAACAUCUGAACACAUUGUAAUUUAUCUUAGUAAAACAUUAAACGAUUUCAUUCAAGAUUCUCUAAGAGGAAAUCUUGUGUUUUCAUGAUAAUGAUAGUUUAUUGUACAUCCUUGUUUUAUUGUAUAUCAGUGAAAAUAUAUAUUAAAACAAAAAAUGUAUAUAUGUAUAUUUUAGUGGAUGGCUAAAAGAAUUUUCUAAAAAAUAAAUUGAUUAUAUUUGAGAUAUGCUUUACAUAUGUACAUAAAGAAUUUGUUGUUUUUUUGUAUUUAUACAGCCAAUAUAUGCUUGUUUGUCUGAUUUUGUAUAUUAACAAUUUCUAUUGGUGAAUAUAUUUUUAUAUGUCAUAAAACUAAGAAUAGUG